GUCGAUGGUCAUAGCAGUAACCUUGGUCCCUUUGUGAUUGGAGUUCAAUUAAAAUUUUCUCAUAUUUCAACCAAAUUUGCUGUGGCUAUCUACAUGUGAUUAUAGAACACAUAAAGUGAUAAGUUAUUCGACCAUUCCGCUUCACGUUUCGCUGGUUUCACGCUUCACGCGCGUGGAAAGGUUUCCGGCGAUUCCCGGUUCCAGGGUGCAGUGUUGGCAGUGUGCAGCGGUUCGUCUUUGAAACGGUGUCGUAAUUUCGUUGUCGAUAGCCUGUGAAGUAAACCAAAAUUUACCCUUGGCGUUGAUUAACGCCUGCUUGGAACAACCCAACCAACGGAUAAAUUCGAGAAACAAUAACCGCUUGGCAACGAUGUCAUCAACAUCACAAAAGCACAGAAACUUCGUGUCAGAGCCCAUGGGCGAGAAACCAGUGACAGAUCUUGCUGGCAUUGGAGAAAUCCUGGGGAAACGACUGGAACGAAAAGGGUUUGACAAAGCAUACGUUGUCCUCGGACAGUUUCUUGUGCUUAAGAAGAACCGGGAGCUGUUCAUCGAGUGGUUGAAAGACAUCUCCAUGGCAAACACGAAACAUGCGGCUGACUGCUAUCAGUGUUUGUACGAUUGGUGUGACGAGUUCUUGUAGUGAUGUCGCAUUGCUUAGGAGUGUAAAUACCCAUGAAAUCACAUGCUAACUGUAUUUCUACAGUUUCUUUACUAUGCUUUUACAGUUCUUAAUGUCCUUGCUUUUGCAUAGACACUGAAGGUAUCGUCCCUUGUAUUUGCCUAGCAUACGUUUGCAACUUUAAAAUAGGAGCAGUCAUCAGUACUUACAGAUAUGAAGGUGCAUGGAAUGUUUGAAGUGUAACCUAUUGAACAUUUUCUGAUGCGUGCUUCUACUUUCGCUGCUGGAGUGUAUGCAGCAUCACUGUCUGAGAAGUUUUGAGGAAGUAUUUUCAGAGAAUAAAACACGAGGAAACAAACUG